UAUAUUUAUCUUCUUAUUUUUCAUCAUUUGUGUGAUUAUUUUCAUAGAAAAUAGACACUUUAGUCCGAAGUCAUUCAUAAAUUUAGCGAUUUUACUUUUCUUAAAUAGUUCAAGAAUUAAUGGCUGCAAUAAAAGCCGUUCACGAAUGCCUGUUCUGUCCGCAAACAUUCGGCACAGCCUUCGAAAAAGAUGACCAUGUUUUGGAACAUUUUGCUCAAGAAAUAUGCACGGAAUGCAAUCAACAUUUAAUUCGAAUUGGUAGAAAUUUAUAUACUCUGCACAAUGCUGUAACGUGUAUUAGAGCUGACAUAAAAAGCGAGGCUGAAAUUGCACUAUGCCCUGUUACUAAUCAAUCCAUGUGUUCAACUAAGUCUCAACAUGAUAUGAAAGAUUGUCUAGCAACCGAAUCGAUUUGCGUUGAAAAUGUGCUAAUCAAACCGGAACCUUAUUCGUAUGACGAACGGGAAUACGAUCUAAUGAGAACAGAUCUGCUGAUAGAUAAUGAAGGAACUAAUUUUGACGUUGCAAUCGAUUCGGCGGUACAAGUUGAAAUCAUUGAAGGCCAAAGUGUUUUGGAAUGUAGCGAAUUGGAUUUUAGCGAUAAAUCAUAUGAUAAACUGAGCGGAAGGAAGCGAAAAAAUCGGAAUCGUUCCAAAUGUGAUGAAUGUGGCAAAUGGCUUCAUGUUUACGCUUUAAAACGGCAUAAAAAGGUCAAACAUCAAUCACCGAUUUGUACAAUCUGCACCAAAUCUUUUCCAAGUGAAGAAGAACUGUUGAACCAUCAAUCGGUUUGCAUGUUGAAACUAACUGAAUCCAACAAAGAUGAUGAAUACAAAUGCGACGUUCCUGGUUGCGAAAAGGUUUAUCAUCUCAAAGCUUCAUUGCAGAGACACCAAAAACUGAGCCACGAUCCGGACAAUGAUUCUCAAGUUGCUUGCGAAAUAUGCAACAAAGUAAUGAAUAGCCUAUCAAUUCCACGACAUAUGAGAGUUUCGCAUAAUUCUGCCGGUGAAUUUGUCUGCAAAAUCUGUUCAAAAGUGUUCAAAGGUGAAGAUGAACUGGUGGCCCAUAAACCGGAGUGUUCGUUAAGACGAAGCAAUCAGGAAUGGAACAAAAGAGGCGUGUUUGAGUGUGAAAUAUGUAAGAAAACCUAUAGCUCACGAGCAACGGUUUAUAAACAUAAACAGAAACAUCACAAUCCAAAUGGAUUACGAAAAAGCGAACAAAAUGUUCCAGUUCCCUGUCAUAUUUGUGGCAAAUUAAUGUUUGCCGAGUCUUUGAAGAAGCAUAUAAUAUUGCAGCAUCAUGAACCGGGCACACACAUAUGUAGACUUUGUGUUAAAAUAUUUCCGAAUGAAGAGGAACUGGCGAACCAUCAACAAGAAUGCGACAAAACUGGCGAAUUUGAAUGUCAUGUAUGUAAGAAGGGAUUUUUCCUGAAAGCAUCGCUUGUUCGACAUGUAAAAACUAUUCAUGAUCUUCAACGCGAGAAAGAAGAACCGAUUGCUUGUGAUGAGUGCGGAAAAAUGUUGAGCAAAAAAACGUUGAAAACUCAUAAGCGAAUUAAACAUAGUCCUCCAGGCACAGCAGUUUGUACCACGUGCGCCAGAAUAUUUCCAAACAACGAAGAACUAAUGAGACACAAAACACAGUGUUUAUUGAAGAAAAAGCGCUCGAUAUCGAAGAGACAGAAAAAUAUUGAAAAUGAUACAAUCUGAUACGUGAUUAUAUGAUUCUGAAUUGAAUUUGAUUCAAUAAAAUGUUAUGCUAUAUCAAAAUCAAGUAAAUCCCUUCUUCAUCGUUUUUAAAGUGGAAAAAGGCUCAGUAUUUAGCAAAACGGAUAAGAGUACUUAAGUUUGAUUCUGACAUUUCACAUGUAAACAAUAAAAGUUUGACGCUUGGAAAUAAAAUAAUUGAACUGCGGACUGAGGAAACAGAGCAACUUGAAAAUUUCAAUAGCCAUAAAAAAUCAUCACGGAAAACAAUGUCCAAAAUGAACGCAGUUCAUCAAUGCUUAUUUUGUUCGCAAAUAUUCCACACCGCUGUCCAAAAAGAUGACCAUAUUUUGAAUCAUUUUGCACAAGAAACUUGCUUGGAAUGUGAUCAGAAACUGCUGCGAAUCGGUGGCAGUUUGUACACAAUACCGUGACGUGC